CCACCGAAGUGGAACGCGCAAACAACCACUCAGCCAUGGGGCUGGCCCCGGUCUUUCACUUUUUAAUAACCCUCUCUGGUUACCAAAGCAAUACACAUUCACAGGAAAUAGGAGUGGCCUCCUUUGCUAUUAUCUCAUACCUCCCUCUCUCUGCUGGGUUCCCCUCUCUAGGGGCUAUGCCCCAGUCUCUGCUCUGCCCAUUUCCAUGGCCGGGAAGCCCAGCCCUUCCUUUUCCUCAGGGAAACCCUCAAGGCUAGGCUGGAGUCCCCCUUCCCUACCUCCCCUGUGUCCACCCAAGCCUCUUGUCCUCCUAUCCCUCCCAGGACUUGUCAUGCUGCAAGGAAGGCCUCCCCGACACCCCACAGGCAGGAUGGCCUUGUGCUGCUCUGGGUCCCCACAGCCAACUCAAACUGCACACCCAGUGAGCCCUCCGUAACAAGGAUCACCCCGUAGCACACAGCCAUCUCUCCCAAAAGUCACACGCCCAGUCCCCUGUAAACUCCCUCUGCUGAGCUUGGGGGGCAGGCAGGGCAUGGGGACGAAGCAUGUGCAUUUCUCUGAGGGUGGAACCAAGCCCUUGUAAAUAGGCUAGAACGCAGGACAUUGUGCACCCAGCCGAGCCCCAGCCCUCGCAGCGCCACCUGCCUCUGCUCCCAGGCAGGCAGUAACCUGCACAGGUGCACUGUGGGCACCAGGGCACCCACGAGCAGCCAGCCCUGGGAAGGAUGGACGGUCCCUGCACCUGCACAUGUGUCUGUGUGCGUGCGCACCUGUGUGUGACCUUUCCCAGCCUCAGCCCAGCUGGAAACAGCAGAUGUUUCUUGGCCCGAGAUACACUGCCUGGAGUGUGGCCAGCCUGCAGGAAUGGGCAGAGGUAAGAGGGGAGGAAAGGGACCCUCUGCAGGCAGCUGCCAACUUGGGCUCCCGGCUCGCUCCAGCCCCAUAAAUACCCGGGGCCAGGAGGGAGGGCCGCACAGAGGCAGGCACACACCAUGGGACACCUGGAGCUGGCCGUCUUGGGCCUCACCUGCUGCUUGGCAGUAGUGAGCGCUGCAAAGCUGGGCGUGGUGUACACGGAAGGCGGCUUUGUGGAAGGCAUCAACAAGCAGCUCGGCCUCUUUGGUGACUAUGUCGACAUCUUCAAGGGCAUCCCCUUCGCCGCCCCGACCAAGGCCCUGGAGAACCCCCAGCCACACCCAGGCUGGGAAGGGACUCUGAAGGCCACGGACUUCAAGAAGCGAUGCCUGCAGGCCACUAUCACCCAGGACAACACCUACGGGGAUGAGGACUGCCUGUACCUCAACAUCUGGGUCCCCCAGGGCAAGAAGGAAGUCUCCAGGGACCUGCCCGUCAUGAUCUGGAUCUACGGAGGUGCCUUCCUCAUGGGGGCUGGCCAGGGGGCCAACUUUCUCAGCAACUACCUGUACGACGGGGAGGAGAUCGCCACGCGGGGCAAUGUCAUUGUGGUCACCUUCAACUACCGCGUCGGCCCCCUGGGCUUCCUCAGCACUGGGGAUGCCAACCUGCCAGGUAACUAUGGCCUUCGGGAUCAGCACAUGGCCAUUGCUUGGGUGAAGAGGAACAUUGCAGCCUUUGGGGGGGACCCCAACAACAUCACCAUCUUUGGGCAAUCAGCCGGAGGAGCCAGCGUCUCUCUGCAGACACUCUCUCCCUACAACAAGGGCCUCAUCCGCCGAGCCAUCAGCCAGAGUGGCGUGGCACUGAGCCCCUGGGCCAUCCAGAAGAACCCCCUCUUCUGGGCCAAGAAGAUCGCUGAGAAGGUGGGCUGCCCCGUGGAUGAUACCUCCAGGAUGGCCAAGUGUCUAAAGAUCACUGAUCCCCGUGCCCUGACGCUGGCCUAUAAGAUGCCCCUGACAGGCACAGAAUACCCCGUGCUGCACUAUCUGGGCUUCCUCCCUGUCGUUGAUGGAGACUUCAUCCCCGACGACCCCAUGAAUCUGUACGCCAACGCCGCCGACAUCGACUACCUAGCAGGCACCAACGACAUGGACGGCCACAUGUUUGCCAGCCUCGACAUGCCAGCCAUCAACAAGAACAAACAGGACAUCACAGCGGAGGAGUUCUACAAGCUGGUCAGCGGGCUCACCAUGACCAAGGGGCUCAGAGGUGCCAACGCCACCUUUGACUUAUACACCGAGCCCUGGGCCCUUGACUCAUCCCAGGAGACCAAGAAGAAGACCGUGGUGGACUUUGAGACCGACGUCCUCUUUCUGAUGCCCACGGAGACGGCCCUGGUCCAGCACAGGGCCAACGCCAAGAGUGCCAAGACCUAUGCCUACCUGUUCUCCCUGCCCUCUCGGAUGCCCGUCUACCCGAGCUGGGUGGGGGCCGACCACGCGGACGACAUCCAGUACGUGUUCGGGAAGCCCUUCGCCACACCCCUGGGCUACCGGUCUCAGCACCGGACUGUCUCCAAAGCCAUGAUCGCCUACUGGACGAACUUCGCCAGAACCGGGGACCCCAACACGGGCCACUCGGCCGUGCCCACGCCCUGGGAUCCCUACACCCUGGAAAACAGCAGCUACCUGGAGAUCAACAAGAAGAUGGACAGCAGCUCGAUGAAGCAGAGCCUGAGGACCAACUAUUUGCGCUACUGGACCCUGACCUACGACGCGCUGCCCACCACGAUCGGUGAGGGGGCCGCCCUGGUGCCCCCCACAGACGACUCUGAGGCCGCCCCUGCACCCCCCUCGGGUGACUCUGAGGCUGGUCCCACGCCCCCCUCGGGUGACUCUGAGGGGGCUUGGAUGCCCGCAGUCAUUGGCUUCUAA